AUGUCGACUGCACCCCAGAGUCCUCCUCAUGUGACAUUAAUGCCUGAGACUCUUGUGGUUGAGUCCUCACAGCCCAAUAUCAGCUCCAAUAUGUUGGAUGCUGGACAGCAUGGCAGAGAGCAAAUGAACCUUCCCUGCCCAUGCCUCGGUGAUGGAGGAGAGAGCCGUCCUGCGUCUUUCAUCCGCCUGAUCGACACAUGUUGUGUGUCCAUGGAUACCAGCACCCUCGCCCAACAGGCAGACAGCAUCGAGCGGAACAUCACGUUCUUGCAAAAGGAGCAUCAGGUCCUCCUGACUGGCCUGCGCCUGGAGAUCCGUCACCUGAAGAAGAGAUGUAAUGAUCUGAGUUGUGAACUGAGCAAAAGGCCUCCUGCGAGAAACAGAGAUGACAUAGCAGCCGAGCAGGAGGUUCUUCAGGCUCGCAUACUGCAGUCAGAACAUCACCUUGCUGAACAGGAGUGCUCACAGGGGGAGCUAAAAGCCAAGCUUCGGCACAAGGGGGAGCAAGCGAGUGCGCUGCAGGUACGACUGCGUGAUGAGGAGCGGCGCUUUUUGGAGGAGCUGAAACGGCGCAGUCAUAAGAUCACAGCGCUCAGCCGUGAUCUCCGCAAGCAGACCGACAUCGCAGCCCAGCUCACUUUCCAACUCCAUUCAGCACGCUUCCGUCUCUACCAUCAAGCAGAAGAAGAAGACAAGGAGGAGGAAGGUGAAAGAGGUGAGAAGGGUCCAGGCUGUUUGUCAAGCUCUCCGCAGGUCUCAACAGCCAGAGCAGAAGCCAGACAUCGUGGCCACUGUUCAGCAAGAUUGCGAAGGUCAGAACGAGUGAGGGAAUGUGUGCCACAGGAACGCAUACUGGGGCCAGAGAAGCCCUGCCCCAUGCCUGACCCCGCCCUCUUCCUUUAUCCCUUCACACAAAGGCUCCUCCCUCUUCACAUAUCACUGGGAGGGCACUAUGGGGAGGCGGAUUCACAAAGGCGGAUGGGUCGACUACGGACCCAAGCAGUGAGAGAGGAUACUGGACCAGAGACGACAGAUUUAUAG